AUAUUUAGAUAAUGUAAUUAUAGUUGGAAACAAAUUAGAUUGGCUAUAUUAUUCAAAUCAAAGAUGUCAGUUUUAAGUUCAAUUGAUAAUAGUUCAUCACAAACAUCACGUAUUGAAACUCAGUUGCCUUCUAUACAUAAUAAUCAAUGCUUGUUGCGCCAAUAUCGAGAAAUGACAAUAGAAACACAAAAAAUACACAAAGCUAAAUUAGCGAAACUGAAAAUUGAAGUCUCACAAUUGAAUAAUUCAAAUAUUGAAGAAUACUUAAAUAAAAUCAAAAUGGACGGUCGUUCUAGUAAUGAAUUGUCGAAUAGCUAUGUAAAUGCAAUCUAUUCUACAGUCAAAUUAUUGAAUCCAUCUCUUACGAAAACAGCAAGUGAAAUGAAAUAUUUACGUCGUAACCGACGAGUUUCUGUUGAAGAAUAUUUAGACACUAUUUUAGGAGUUAAACAGUUAAUAGAAAGGACCAAACAAUACACUGAUUCGUUUAUAAAUAUUGACGAAAGAAAAAUAGAAUCGCGACGUAAAAUCGAUACGAUCAUAGCUAUAACAGUAACUAUUUUGACGAAUCUACGUACAACUGAAUUGUUACAAUUAGAAAUUAAGCAUCUUUAUCAAAUUGCUCAGAAAAAACCGAUCACUUUAAAAUUGUCUUACAAUAAAGAGCAAAGAAUUGAUAUAUUAUUAACAGAGACAAUAUCGAGUAGUAUAUAUAAAAAUAUUAUUAAUAUGGUCUUGAGCCGUGAAAUAUGGUGUGACAAUAGUUUUAAUAACUCUAGUCAGAUUAAACAGUCAUGCAUCAAACUUAUUUCUUGCAAAAAUGAUACUAUUAAUAAAACGUUUUCGGAAUUUUACGUACAAAUUAAUAAUACAAAACCAAAAUUGACUUUGGGGUUAAAAACGAUUCGUUCCUGUAACUCAACUCGAUUGCUACAACAAAAUGAUGUUUCACGCUCACAUGUGAUCGAUGAAUCUAUUUUCGACUUGAGUGUAAAUGAAUUUAUAAAAUUGAACAAAUACAGUAUCUUGAAUGGUAUUCAUAAUUCAAAUUUAUAGACUUUACGUGUCAAGAAAACAGUAUUUACCAUCUAAACGCUCUGUAGGCAAAUACCUGAUAUAUCACCUUCAAGUAAAAUGAUCAAAAAUUAUAAAAUUUGAUUGCAAUUUCUAAUCGUUCUUGAUGUCAUGAAGUAAAAUUUUUCGAAUUUUUUUCAUAACAAUGGAAUAAUUUUUCAUAUCUGGACAUUAUGUUGUAGAACAAUAUUCUGAAACAAAUUUGAAAAAAAUUCACAGUGGAUAUUAAAUCUGAGUUUACUCCAUUUCUCUGAGUUCUGGGAGAAACUCAUCCAAAAUUGGAAUAAAUAUCAAGACCGUUGUCAGUGGUGUAGCAUGAAUUUUAUAUCCAUCCACAUUCAUUCUAAUUUGAAGUUUUAACUUUGACUUCAAUCAAUACCUGAGAGAAAUAACUUUUUGUUGCACAAUCACUUUCUAUGGUUCGUUAACAAUAAAGUAAGGUAAAUGUCCCAAUACCGGAACAAGACCCAAUACCGGAACGAUUUGAUAAUCAUUAUAUUAUAUUUUAACUCAUUUUAGGAUAUAUCCAAUAUAUGGAAAAAUAUAUUCAAAAAGGCCAUUCGGCAGCCGAAAUGGAAGGUAGAUUUUCCAA